CUGCAAUUUACCAUGCUAAUAUAAAAUUUCAGCAAGACCCUUCAAUCUAAGGUUGUGACUCUAAGUACAUUUAUUUGAAAAAUUUCCAAUGAAAAGAGCGUGAAAUUACAGGAUUGAAUACAUCUAAAGCUGCAAUCUUAUGCACAUUUACAGUAAACCAAGCCAGUCCCAGUUAGCACAGUGGAACUUGCCUCGGAAUAAACAUGUAGAUAGUUGUGCAAUUAGUGCAGUUAUAUAGCUUUUUCCAUUGUGCAUUAACUUCAAAUACAUCAUUACAUUAAACCUUACAACAGCUACCAGGAUAGGCAUGUAGUAUGAGCCCUUUUCUAACACGGAAGGUUAAUGCCAAUGAAUAAGAUCUUGUCUUAAGAGCUCAUACCACAAUAGACCAAUUGUAUCCAAGACACCAUCACAAUUUGUGACUUUCAUGAAGAGUCCAGUUUCCCACUUAGAUGCAUUUAUAGUCUCCAGCUAAUUAUUUGACCACCUCAAUGAGUUUUCCCCCAAUAUGCCAUAAUCAUUAUUUUCCUCAUUUCCUGGAGGAAAAACGUGUUCAGUUUUCAGAGGUGUUUGAGACAGGGAGUUUUGCUUGCCUUUGUGUGGGAGAAAUUACUGGCAGGAAAUUAAGCUAAAUGAAUUAGUUUUGCCCUCUAUAGAGAGGUCUGUAAUGUUUCCCAUCUCACUGCCUUGUCUCAAUCCAGCUUUCUGUCAAUGUCCACUCCUUUGUUCUCAGAAACCUUUAUACUGGUUGACAUUUAACUAUUCCAGAGGACGAUAGCUGUUGUGGCUACUGAAGGAGAUAAUAACUGAAAAGAGACAGAUUUUUUGAUAGCUGAAGAUUAUUUGUUGCCAUUGCUUUAAGAGUACCAGCACAAAAACCUUUGAUUACAGCUCCCAAAUUCAAAGGGGAAUCUAUGAAGAGAUAGGAUAAAGAUGUCAUAUGGAACAUUAUCCACACUAUUAAAUGGAUUCCUUAUUUCACCAAAGUGGCCAAAAUCUCCCCCAGCAAGAAUGGCACAGAAUACCAGAUAUACAGUAGUUAUUAAAAUAUAUAGACUAUUUUAUCCUAAGGACUCAAGACUACCUAAUAUCUAUACUUAGUAAUAGCUCUUCCUCCUUCCUGCCAGAGGCAUCUACAUUUGUUCUACUGUCAGAUGGAGAGACCACAAACACUUCAGAAAUAAAACUCAGAAUGCAAGCGUUGACAAAGUUAACAUGACUACAAGUUAUGAAUGCCCUGCAGAGAUCAGUUAGCUGUUCAUGUGGAACACCGCAUUGCAAUUAGUCAAAAAAGGAUUCGCACUGGUGUGAAAGAAUCAUGCCAACAAUGCAGUGAUCCAUCCAUACAUGAAUGGGUUUAGAAAUUCUGGGGCACCCAGAGGCCUCAUAACAGCCACAAUGGGUGGGUCAGCUCAAAGACCUGAUGAGAUUUCGGAUGCCGAGUAGAAGCUAACUGAGCAAAACUCAGUAAUCAAGACAACCAGCACUUUUGUUAUACAGUGGUACCUCGGGUUAAGUACUUAAUUCGUUCUGGAGGUCCGUUCUUAACCUGAAGCACCACUUUAGCUAAUGGGGCCUCCUGCUGCUGCCGUGCCGCCGGAGCACAAUUUCUGUUCUCAUCCUGAAGCAAAGUUCUUAACCCGAGGUACUAUUUCUGUGUUAGCGGAGUCUGUAACCUGAAGCGUAUGUAGCCUGAAGCGUAUGUAACUCGAGGUACCACUGUAUUCCAAAAUGCUAAACAAAAGCCUAUGGUUGCAUUUCUAUACAGUUACCACUUAACUCAAAGGAAUUUACUCUGAGUGGGCAUGUAUAGGACUAAGCUAUAAAUCCAGAACUGUUAAAAACCAAUACAGGAUAUGCAAGUGGAGAGACCCAGGUUUUGUUUUGACUUGUCUGCUGGCUGUUUAUGUGCAAUUCUUGCGAAGUGCUUCUCAGGGAGAAAACACUUGAGCAACACCUCCAGAGACACUGCAGAUUAGAUACCACUCCCUUGGCUGUCAAUCCUCCUGCGCUAUGGAAAAGCACAAGGUUCUUAAAGGCAUUAUUAGUGUGUUAUCUGAAAAUCGUGAGGACAGUUCAGCAGUCUGUUUUAGAAAAGGUGGUGGUUGCGAGGGUGCGAGGUUUGAGUUUCUGAGAUCAGUAAAGACGCAAAGCACAUUUUCUGAAGACCUCCAUAGAUGGAUGGGCUCAGGAGGCAGUCCCCAAAUACUUUCAUAUUGGGAGAAGGCGCUGCCACCGUGUGUGCAUGUGGGGGGGAACCUUCCAGUUUCGGGGUGGGGAGAAGGAAGAGAAGCAGGAUCGGGGCGAGCGGCCUCCUCCUUCCUCGCCCCCCGCGUCUUCCCAGCGCCGCGUGCCGCUCGAACGCUGAGCAAGGCCUCAUUGUGACGCCUCAAUGGUUGCCCCUUUGCGAGCGCCUCCGCGCGGCGGGCUCGGCUGAGGGCAAAGGCCGCGGCGGGCGCUGCAGAAAAUGGGGUUCUGCAAGGCCGAGGGCACGGGGAAGCUCGUCCUCCGGGUGGGCCUGUUCCUGACGCUGCUGGCCAGCGAGCCCGCGGGCGCCUUCAACGACACCAUCUCGGUCGACGUGGCCUUGUCGGAGCCGCUGCUGCAUCUGGAGGAAUCGGGUGAGCGGCGAGUCCGGAGCCUGUCGAGCACGCGGAGGGCGCCCUCCGGAGAGGCGCCCUUUCCCCCCAGCGAGAGCCUCCCUCGGCUCUGUUCGAAGCCCAGUCGGCGGCUGCGAAGGGCCGCCUUUGCACCUCCGCCGUCUUCAUUGUGCAAACGGGCCUCUGGCUAACCUGCGCGAGGCAAUUUUCCAGGCGAAAGCGCCCCCCUAAGGCAACAGCCCCGCGGCGAGGCUGCUGCUGCUUCUAGCUGCCUCCUCCUCCUCUCUUUUCCCCGGGCCAAGUUCCAGCCUCAGAGGCUCCCCGGCGCUUCCUUUUCGCUCGCUGCGCCGCCCGGCUGCUGCUCUUUGCAGGUCCCGGCAAGUUCCUUCCCAUUUCCCCCCUUGAGAAGCUAGAACGAUGUUAGGUCAAAGAGAAGGUGUUUCGCGUGUGGAGCCAGCUGUUUGCCAGGCUGAGUGAGAGUCGCGGGUUUCUUGAAAAGUCAUUGCUUAAUCAUCCCUCCCUGGGAUGCGAGAGCCACGUGCCGUCUUUUAUGUCACGAAUUGGAUGCGCUGUCAGUGCGAUAGCGUUGUGCAAGGACUUGCCUUGAAGCCCAAAAGUGGACCAUCCCUGCAAGACUGUGACAGUGUACAUAUUGCUCCUGGCCCAUUCUGAGAACACGAUGCUGGACUAGAUGGGCCAUUGGCCUGAUCCAGCAGGCUCUUAUUACGUUUUUGACUCUCCGAUGAUGAUUGUUCAUGUGUAAAUUUUUUUACAUAACUUUUCCCCCCACUAGAUGUUAGGCUGCAGUUCUGUACACACUUACCCGGAAGUCUGUGCCAUGAAACAUAAUAGGAUUUACUUCUGAGUAAACAUGCAUAGGCUUGUACAGUGGCACCUCGGUUUUAGACUAACUCCGUUGACAAACAGUUCGGUUUUCAAAUGCUGUAAACCUGGGAAUAAAUGCUUCGGUUUUCAAACACGCCUCAGAAGUCGAACAUGCAAUGUGGCUUCCGCAGUGUGCAAGAUCCUGAAACCUAGCUGCCAGCUAUUGAGUGUUAGUUUUUGAAUGUUUCAGAACUUGAACGGACUUCUGGAAUAAAUUACGUUCGAAAACCGAGGUACCACUGUAUUAUUGUAACAUAGCUUUGAUUUAGCAAGCUGAAAAGUAAGGCAUCCUGCAGUAUAAUAAUGAUCUCUACUACAUAUUUACAAUGUGAUUCACCAGUCACUGAAAUAAAGAUAAUGUUGUGCUUUUCAAUUUCCCUACUGGACUAUAUUAAAAGAAUAAAUUAUCAUGUAGGGAUGUACACCCUGUUUCUCAAAAUCAGUUAAUAUUUAAAUAAUGAGAUGUGUCCAGCUUGAUUUGUUUUAGUAUAAUUUAUUGCUCCAGAAAUCCUGGUUUCUUUCCCAUUGCUCCACUGAAUGAGAAAAUGUUAUGCUUCAGGUGAAAAGCACUGGGGAAGACUUUCAUAACUAGAGGGUGGGUGAGAGUCACCUAAUGAACCCUGUCAAUGGAAGUCUUGCACAAGGGCUUCGGCUUGCACAGUGGGGCUUCCCCCCUCCUGCCCCGUCAUUCUUCCUGCACCUGCCAAAAUUUGCUCUGAGGGGGUUAGGAGAACCUCCAGAACAUCACGGGGGGAAGGGAUCUUUCCACCUCUCAAGCUGACAUGCUUGUGCAGACAGAACAUUUGCAAUACCAUAAUGUUGAAUUCCACCCUAUAUUUUCGUAUACUUAACUUACUUCUGUAACCUGCUUUUUGUAACUUGAUAUCUUUUUCAGAAGCAAAUCUGACAGAACCCAAGGAAGUAGAAUUUGGAGAAUGCACGGUUACAUGUGGUAAGCAGAAAAGCAGAUGGAUAAAACAUAGUAUAAAUGGGUGGGUUUUGGAUUUUAAAAAAACUUUUUAGGAACAAUAUACUAACAUUAGCGGUUGAACCAUUGUAAUUUGCAUGCCCUCGUUCACCUUCCAUUGAUUUCAGUUGUUGAUAACUAUAAUUAACAAAAACAAUCCAGUUGAUUGUCAUUAUAAAUUUAGGUCAGAUCUGUUGUUUUAUUAAUUUCACAGCCUGCAGGCUCUUUUUUUUUUUUAAAAAAGCUCCUUUUGUUUAUUGGCUCAUGGAGCUGCCUUCACCAGAGUAACAAUUUUCUCUAUUUGUGAACAUCUGCGAAACGUUCAGAAGCUGAAAGACCUCCUGAUGCAUCUCACAGAUGUCUUUCCACAUACAAGAUUUCCAGACCUAUAAAGCAAAUGGCUUCUCUGCAAUAGUGUAUGCUGUAUUCAUCAUACAGCUUACUAGUUGUGCUAAAGGUAGCUGAGGUCUCAAAAAUGAGUGGAAAGAGUGAUCUCCAAUAGGAUAACCAUUUUCUAGUCAAAUAUGCCUGUGUUCAUGCAGAGCACGAUAGGAUAGUUUUUGCAUCUCUUACAAUGGCUCCGUUUCUCAGGUAGUUCGCAAGAGAAACAAAUGUUCAUAAACCUGAUGGUUAUGCCAGAAAGGAAAUGUUUACUGCCCCCAUCAGUGCAGCAUAUUUUUGUUAUUUUGUGCCAGUAAACAUUUUUUAUAUUAUUCUUAUGUUCUUUGCUCCAGUUAAUACUUUUUUAGCACAGUUUGCGUCCCUUCCCUAUUCAAAAUUUGAAAAAUUUGCAGAUUGCUCUCCAUUCUGGCAAUGUUUCCAUACUUUAAGUUACCCACUCCAUAUAUUCACAGGGUUCUUUUAAUUAUAAAUGUAACAUUUAAAAAAGAAAUAUGAACAGUUGGUGUUAUAAUGAAAGAGUUGCAUUCACUGAUUGUGUCACUCUCAUUUAGAGUGUUUUUUUAUUUUAUUUUAAGGUAGCCACAUCUAUAAUUUGGUCUAUAGCAGAGAGGCUACCUUGCUGUCCAUUCCCCCAAAUCUCAGCAAAUCCAUGUUUCUUUAAUACUGCCCCUCCCCUGAAAUGUGUAGAAGCCUCUGUUUCAUUGCUUUUCCCAGGAUAUUUUUAUGGUAAUUGUGCAAAUUCACAAUAUCCUUUUGAUAAUUGUUAGAAUUCAGUGUUACACAUGUGCUCCUAGCUUUUUCCACUUUCUUUUUAAAAAAUAUAAAUGUUUUAUACUAUGCUGUUGUUUAUAUUUUAUACAGUAUCGUAAAGCACUUUGUACUUGUUGUCUUGCUUUUAUUCAUAACAAUCUUGUCAGAUAGAUUUGUGCAAUUCCCAUUUUUACCUGAUCAGGAAAGCAACAUGAUCAACUUGAAUUACAACUCGUGUCUCUCUGCUGAAAUCCCAAAAUCUGGGCUCAUCCAUACUGAUGUCUAAUUUGGAUAAUAAGCUUCCCGUACAACAUUAAUUAUUCAUUGUCCAUGUGACAUUCUCUACCAAAUCCCACACCAUACCAGGGAUGCUUCAAAAAGGAGAAGAUGUGAAAUAAUCCAGAUUUAUGGUAGGAAAAGUGGAGGAGAAUGUCCUAAAGACAACAGAGAAUUAAUGGAAGUACAUUAUCUACAUUCAAGAACAGUAUGAACGAGCCCUCCAUUCAGCUCAACUUAACUUUUGCUUUUUCUUAUUCAUUAUUUCAUCUUUUUUUUACUAUGUAGCUGCAAGUUGAACCAUUUUUAAAUUAUCUUCCAGCCAUCAAUUGUUCUAAAUCCUUUUGGCUAUGCUUUCUUUCUUCUCAAUUUAGCACCUUAACUUAAUUGAAUUAACAUAGUUCUUCAUUAACUUCUCCGUUAUUAUUGAUAAAGCUGUCAGAUUAGAUGUGGUCUAAUGCCACUUAACUGCAUGCCUCAUUAAAGCCCCAACCCCGCCCCCAAAGGUUGACUUGUUAAUACCAUUUCACAUCCAACCUUCAUUGCAAAUUACAUUGCUAGUUUGAGGAAAUUUGAAUGAAUAUCUCAAUGGCCAUGUUCAUUAAAGUCAGUAAACCCAAAUAGCUUGUUUUUGAUGGAGUGCUAAGCCAAGGAUCAUGUCUUGUAUCUCUCCAGCACAAGUGAGGAGGAGCAAAGCUUGUGCAUGGUAAGCCACAGUUAAUGGCUUGUCAUGAUGUUCAGAUGCGUCCAAUGAGAAAAUUGCCAGGAUGGAGGUAAAAAUAUCCAACUGGCCAGGCAAUAAAAGGAGAAAAAGUAACCAAAUGGUGAAACACCAAAGGAAUUUGAGAUCUUCUGAAACAACCUUCUUAGGACUUGAAAUUUAAAUUUAGCCUACACAAAGGUUGUUGCCCCUGGCCCAUAUUUGCUUCAUGCAUCCAUGGUUUCACUGCAUGAACACAGAAUCUGGCAUCUCAUACAAGAUCUAGCCACCUAGAAAAUUGAUCUAAAUCUAUUCCCUGCUCUCUACCCCCGAAGACAAAACCAGGAAAAAGGCUUACCCAGGGCUAUUUUCUCACUUUGAAUGCACUUCUCUUAUGGAUUUGCAUCUUGGUCGUGCAAGUGUAUCUGAAAAUAUUUUGUAAAUAUAUGACAACUCCAAAUUUAUUAUUCAGGUAGCUGCAGUUAAGGCAACUUUCCUAUUGCGUUGGCGUAGCGUGGGGGGCACAAGGGCGGUUGCCUCAAGUGCAAAAUUCUUAGGGGUGCAAAAUUUCAACACCCGGUGCUGCCUUAAUACAGCUGUACUCAUCGCUGGGUUCCAUUAAAAACGGCUUCUCCAUCCAAACCAGGAAAUGACCACUUCAGACAACAGUACAACUCUUCUUUUCUUAUCUCUGCGAAUACGAUCUCCUGGGUGAUAUAAAUACUGUUAGGUAGUUGAAUGUGCAUGCGUACUCCAUCCGUUUCCCUCUCACUCACCCCCGCUUUGCCACGGGCCUUGGCAACCCACACUACACCACUGCCCUGUGGUGUCAGUUACAGAGGAUUUUCACAAUUUGAGCUAAGAGGCAGAAAGUCUUCCCUAGUCAAAUUCUAGUGCUCCUAGUCCCACCAUGCUUUACUCCAAAUCUGAUGAAGCCAUCUUUCUGCAAUCACAAUUCAAUCCCUAGGAUUGUACUGUUACCCAGAAGUUUGUAUCUUCCUGUUUUCAAGGGAAUUUGGAUAGUGGAAGUAAAAGGAAUCAUGAACAGCUAGGAGAUUGGAGUUGGGGUUAAGAGUGAUUGGUGGCCCAAUAAAAGGAGACUGUCAACUCUCUCUCUCUCUCUCUCUCUCUCUCUCUCUCUCUCUCACACACACACACACACACACACAGUCUGUCCAUUUGUCCAUCCCUGUUUCAGGACUAAAAGAGAAGCUGUGUCCAUUGUUUUCCUUUAUUAUAGGUAUCUCCAGUAUCACCCAUUAUACACCCAUUAUGUGAGUUUUUAAAAAAUCUCUCUCCAAAACAAGAGAAAUGUCUUUAAUAAAAAUGUCAGUUCAUUGCUAUAUACACCUCUGUUUUCUUAACCUUUGAAAUGAGAAAUUCUCAGCAGCUUAGCAUGAUUCUCGUUUUGCAACAUUUCCAGUAAGUGUUGUUCGUUCCGUCUGCCACUUGAGGUAAUGCUACAUGUCAUAUAAGAAAUAUUACAAAAUAUAUCAGGUUUACUAGGCAUUUAGGGAUGCAAAAUACCUCACCACAAGGUUGUUGUUUUUUCAUAUGCAUAGGUUGUAUUCUGGUUAGGUCACAAAAGGUUUCUUUUCCAUCUCCUCCAUUCCUUAUUCAAUAAACAAAAUAUUUCUAUAACGGCUGGCAAUCUAGUCUGUAUUUACUGGGACUAAACAUACUAUUCUCUCCUCCCUCGCAUGCCAUGCCAUUUGAAUGAGCUGGGUACACAGUGUUUGGCAGAAGGAAAAAGAGAAAAGCAAAGAAACACAGCACUUGUGUUGAAUAUGUUUGUGUUUUUGAAAAUAACAUGAAGUUCCCAAGUGAAAUGUUGAUGUCUGAGAUCUGCAAUUCUUAUCUAAUCUUAAUUACAUAUAGGUAGUUUUUUCCCCUGUAGGCUGCAACCCUCCACACACUCACUAGGAAGUAAGUGCCCUUUAAUUCGGUGGGAUUUCUUCCUGAAUAAACCUGAUAGGUGGAAGUUAUGCAGUGCAAUCUCUUUUAUUAUCAUUAAAAAACUUGGAUAAUUUAAAACUGCUUAAAAUGGAAGAUAUCAUUAACAUGUGGCUACAGUAACAAUCAGAAUUGAGCUUGCCUCAGAAAGCUUUGAUUAUGUUGAUGAAUCCACCAAUUAAAGCUAGCACCAAGGUGAGAUCAAUGUGACAUCAGAUUUCCUUAAUUUGCAAGAGUACUUACCCUCCUUCCUGAGGAGCCCAAAUCCUGCAAGGUAUUCAGCACUGUAAUUUUCCAUUGGUAUCCAUAAGAGUUAAGGAUGCUCAGCACCUGAUCGGAAUGAGCUCAUCAGAGCAAAAAUGCUCCAGGCACCAGAUGGUUGAGGCUUUGAAAGGCCAGGUUCACAGAGGCUGCAAGCUAGCGUUGAUAUUUAAAUUUUAAUUAACUUGUUUGUUUUUAGCAAUGCAUUAAAAUGAAAGUGCAUAUAAAAUUCAACUGAAAGGAGAAAGUUUUUACCUUGUGGAAUGGAUGGGUUACCAUCAUCUAAGUACACAAUAGUCUCAGGCACAAAUGGGUGGUAUCUUCUAAAUUUUGGUUAUAAAGAAGACAACUGCUUUUCUGAAGGCCUUUGACAGGGACCAGAGUGUUUUGAUUUUAGAAGGUGAACUUAAAGGAGUAUCUGCCACAGAGAAAGAGAAAGAAACCAAAACACAAACAGACAUGUAAUGCUACCUUUUUCAUCUUGAUCAAAGGCAUUGGCAUUCGAGAAGUUAUAUUAACCAAUGGAUGCCCUGGAGGUGAAACUAAGUGUAUUGUUCGUGUUGAAGAGUGCAGAGGACCAGCAGAUUGUGGAUGUGAGUAAUGAUGUAAUGGUACAGUUAUUCCCAGUUAGCUUCUGUGAAUAUUCAUGCAUCAUUUCCAAAAUGCCAUACAUUUAUUCUGAGGUGGUUUAAAAGUGACAUGUCCUGUAUUGCUUCUUAGUUAAUAGCAGGUUUAAACAUAAAAGCCAGUAACAUGCAAUUUAUAAUAAUUAAAUGAUAACUCCUCUAACCACAGUCUGUUAGUGGAGUUGUUCCUAGUAUUUUGAGGUGUACAAUAAUGUUUAAGUAUUGGUACAAAGUGACUUUUAAAACUAUGUUUUGCAGGGGGUAAACCAAUUUCUGAAAGUCUUGCUAGUGUGAAGAUACCGUGUAUUUUUGUACCUCCAGAAAAUCGAUUUCAGUACAUUUGGAAAAUGUUGAUUCCGGACCAGGUAAGUAAUCUAGUUCCAUCCUGUGCAAUGUAUACUGAACUGAUUUUAUUUCUAAUGAUUCCACAUAAACUUAGGCUUCCUAGAGUGUAUUUAUUUGCGUAUAAUAUUGUAGAUUUAUAGAUGCUAGAAUUUAACUAAGGUUUGAGGGUGUCAAAGAUAAUUUAUUUGGAGGAAAUAGCCAGAGCCUAGUGUGUAUUUUCAGGCAUUGCAAGGGGUGUGAUAGACCCACCGAUAAGCUUCUUCCUGGGACAUUGCUAUUGGACAUUGUAAUCCUAGUCCAAUGAACAAAUGUUAAUGAAGUCAGGCAAACUUUUUUUGUGAGGUGACCAUCUUUAGCUAUAAGGUGUUCAAAGGAAAUAGGUGUUAGAAAGGGAAUUUAUGGAGUCUUCCUCUGAAGAUAAACAGAGCUUAGUUUAGGGAAGGGGUUGGCAGUGAUGUAAUCAGGAAGCAAAGAGGGGCAGCUAAGCUGAUAUGUGCCCUGCAGAGAAGGGGAGGCUGCAGAGGAAGGAUGCUGAUGCUACUAUGGAAUAAGUUGGCAUGUUUUAGAGUGCUGCUGCUGUGAGCCCCUUCACUGAAGCUUCAGGUUGUGUAUAUAUGUAAAUAAACCAUAUAUCAUAAAGACACUGUAGCCUCCAUUGUGCCUCAUUGCCAAAAGAAACACAAACCCUGGUUUAGUGCCAAGACUCCUAGAAUCUUGUGCACCGUUCAUUAGAGACAGGUGGCGUGGAACAAUAUUAAUAGAUACUGGAGCUCACCUUAUGCCAGUGACUCUUGCAUGACCACAUGCUCUUUUUUUUCUUCUACACUUGUAUACCAAGAUACACAUACAUCCAAAAGACACAUUAGUUUCUUUAAUCUGGAGUUGUAGUAUGCUACGAAAUAACAGCAGCUCCUGAAAAGGAGAAUGAGAUGACAAGUCAGGGUCUAGAGCACUUGAAUACAUGAUUUAAAGCAAAGAUAGUCAAAUAAGUGUGUUGUGCAUUUAGAGGAGAGCAGAAAUGAUUAUGUUAAAGCUGUAGAAAAGGCAAGCACCAGAGAAGAUUGGGUGAGGAAAAGAAGUAUGUGAGAGGUAUGGCAAGUUCUACAGGUAUAAGCUAUUGCCACAUAAGGAAAUGGGAGGGAAUAGAGUCCAAGCAAAAUGAGAAAAUGGUCCAAAAUCUAAAUUGCACAUUUCCUGAAGUUGAGUGAGUAGCUUCUUGGAAAGUUAAGUAAAAGAGACAAGAGACUGAGUUGGAGAUAUGAGAUUAUAGCACAUGUAUUGCCUCUCUCAAGGUGGGGUGUGUGGGUUUGGGUGCGCGCACUCUCAGCAGUCUGCCAUAAAUGAGGCCAUUGUUGUCUUAUUCACAAACCCAGGUAUCAGUAGUGGGUGAUGUGGUGUGGCAGCAGUGCUCACCUGACCUUCUGGCAGCUGAGUCACUCCUGCUUAGUAAGAGAUCUCCAGAAGAGCAAACAUGAACACACACAAACACAGUGACAGCAUAACUGGCUCUUUUGCAAUACGUGGCAAGUUACACCAUAUGCGUCCAUAUACCAUCAAAAUUUGUCAUCUAAUUUAGAGGAGAAAAUACAUGAUACACAAAUGUGUAUCAAAAAGUGUGUAUCAAAGUGUAUCAAAAACCUUAAUUUUUACUUUGUUGUACUCCUCAUCUAGGCAGCACUCUUUCCCUCCACCAUCCUUGGUCCCAUUCCCCAAGGAGCUGAAACUCUCCCAGUGUAACAAACACCUUUCCAUAUACCCACACUUCUAUUGCACUUCUUCCUCCAUGCUGGAAAUGGAUAAAAUUGUCGUUCCUUAAUCAAAUUCUGAGCCUUAACUACUCCCAGCAUAGAGCAUGGAAGGGGAGAGGGCAUGGCAAGUUACAAGAAAGCCAUUGCUUUCUGACAUUUCCUAGAACAAUCUGCUUAUCACAUCAUCAUGCAAUUCCUUCCUUAAUUUAAAACAAUAUUGAUGAAAGAGGCUUUCCAUUUAAUUGGUCCCACACAGAUUUUGUGUUUUUCGCAGAAGAAUUAACAAUCGUCCAAAAUUUAUGCGUCACCUGACAUUGCCUAUCCACUGAAGAACUGAAGGGGAAAAUAAAAAGUUGGGAAUUUCAGAUAGUUUAUGGUUUAGGAUAUAUCAGGAGGGAUCACUGAAGCACCAGGAAAGAAAGAAAAGCCCCCCCCCCCCCAAUUGUCACAUAGUACAUUCUUCGUUAUGAGAUAAUCCAACUUUGUCUUUUUUGUCACCUUUGAAUUGAUAGCAAUCACUCAUUCUUCCUAAUGAUUCAGCUAUUCUGGAGGUACACAGAGAUACCCACCCCGUUGCGUUUGAGUGCGAUACAAUAGAAAACGAUGAAUUGAUUGCAUCUGUAAAAUAUACAGUGUACACAACAGCUGGUAAGUUCAUGGAAGUUCAUAAAUAUUUAGUCAGACGUUGCUUGUGUUAAAUUAAACUUUAUGAGAAGAUCUUCACUCUCCACUUGUAGUUUGCAAACUACAAAUGGAGCAAUCCGGUAAACAUGUGAUGUUUCUUGUACUCUGCAGGAAGCGGAGGCCGGAGGGAAUAGUGUCUAUGGCGCAGACUCCAUUAAAAUGACUGGGCAAUGUGCUCAUUGCCAACACUUGAUGCACUGCACCCAUAUCAAGCAGACUGUUUUGGAAAAGCAGUGUUUUAAUUGAAAAAUAUAUAUGCUGAUUUAUUUUAAAACUUACUUAUCUGUUAAUUUGUUACUGUACUGCAUUAAUCUGCAUAUCUUUUGUGCUUUCCCCCCUCACUGAUUUCAAAAGACAGAAAGAUCAGGCAAUUUAACAGAAGCAGCUGUUGACACCUUGUUCAAUUCUCCCCAGGCCCUCUGUUGUAAUCUUUCAAUGCCGCAGAGUAAGGAUUUAACUGAUGUACUUCUUGCAGCUGUCAUCUUGAAUUUUACCACUCAAAGUAGAUAUCAGUUCCAGAGCUUCAAAGAAGCCCAUCAUCAUGAGAAUAUCAUAAUUUCCCCCCAUUUCUCCCACAAUAGUUCUCUUCCCUGUGCAGUUAAAAUACCCAUGUCACUGGGUUGAGGCAGCAGAGGUUAUAGGGGUUCCUGAAAAGGGGUUCUCUUAAAAUCACCAUCUUAUCAAGAUGAAAAUGAUUGGUAUGUGUGUCUGUUUGCCACGUAGACAUGGCUUCGUGGAACAGAAAUCUCCUUAUGAGAACACACCCAUAACUGAACUUUGUGAAAUGGAAAAUGGCCUUCAGACUGGUAAACAAAAACUAAAAAGAAUCACUAUGGGAUUAGAUAUAUGUGAUUGUAUUGUUGCUAAAGGGAUAACUUUUCUGUGGAAGCUACGCUAUAUGAUGUCAUUGUUGUUUUUAUUCUGGUUUUAGGAUUGUAUUAUUUUUUUAAUAUUGUUUACAUUUGUAGGGCCUGUUCCAUUUGCUGGUCUUUUGUUUACCCCUUAUUUUCUAAUUGUAAAAAUGUGUUUUUUAAAGGAAAUAGCUAAAAUUCAGGGCGGCCCAACUUUCAUACCAAGUGGGCUGAAAGAGUACAUUGAUAUGGAACCUGCGGGCUGCACAAAACCUUCUCACGUGUGUGUGUGUGCUAUGCAAAAAUCACAAUGUGGGGAAAACUAUGAAGCCAGCCAAUGCUUCUCUCGAUUCCUGCAGCUCCUGUUAAUUCUGCUGGCUCAGCUCUCCCCUGCCUCCUAGAGGAGGCAGCAGAUCACAAGAGCAGGCUUCAGCAAAAAUCACGAUGCAGGAAAAACCGUGAAGCCAGCCAAUGCCUCUACAUAGCUCCAUCCUUAUUUCAGACUUCAUGAUAUAUUGGUAUAUCACAAUGUUUAGCUGGUGGUAUAUUGUGAUGUUGCAAACCAGAUAUCGCCCAGCUCUAAUAGGUAUUUUGAAGUUAUGUACGACAUUUUUUUCUUCAGUCCUUGACGACAUUAGUUUAAAGGAUCCGGUAGCAAAUGGCAUAAUUUAAGUAUUUGACAGAGUGGACUAAAUUUACUUUUAAAAAUGAGGGAAAUUGCGCAAUGCCCUAUUUUGAUGCAGUGUUGUCUUGUGUCUUGUGCUUUGUUUUCUUUGUUGCUUUUCCUUGGUUGACUGUCCUUUGAAUUUGUGCCAAUGCAUAGCUGUACCUUCGAGACCCAUGCUAGAUCUCUGAACCACAGAAUCUGUAAGGAGCAAGCAGUUGCUAAGGCCUGACUCUCAAUAGUAUCCACCUGUCUCUGGUUUCUGAAGGAGAAAGCCGCCUGUAAUUCCUCUUAAUUAAGGCUACCUCCAUGUCAAAGCAUAAACCGAAAGGGCAAACAUAGGUGAAUAAUUACUGGAACUAGAGAGGGAUGGGAAAUAUUUCUCAUGGAUGUUUCUUCUUCUAAAGCCUACAGGUUCCAACAUAUAUUUUCUUCUCCAUUUGAUUGAAAUGAAGAUCAAGGCUUUCCCUAUACUCUGCUAAAAAGAAAUAGGAAUGGAAUAUCAACACACAUUGGCUGAAAUUAGUUACUACGAAUUCUCAAAUUCAUGUUGAUGGAAAUUAGGGAUGAAACAAGGAAUUAUUUCCCCUGUUACUGUCUGGUGCUAUUAGAUAAACUGGUUGCUGUUAAGAAAGACUGUAUAAUGGGCUACUUUUAUCAAUGGUCUGAGCCAGUCGGUCUUUGCAUAUCUUCUUGUUACUGAGUAACUCAUGAAUCCCAGAGACCAGUAAAAAGCAUUAUGUUUGGUCAGCUUCAAAAUGCAUUUAAUCUGGGCUGCUGUGUCUUCAUGGAUAAAAUGUCAGCCCUCAACUGUUGAGCUGUGUCUGUUGGCUUCUUCUGAUCCUUGCUCACAUACUCCUGUCCUGAGCAUUUGCAUUGAUGCGUCAGCUUGUGAAGCUAGUGCACAUCCCUGAUGGUGUGUGUCAUUUUUCAUGACACUUCAGUGGUGUUGCCUUUGGUACAGCCCCAUCCUAAACAUUUGUGUGUCUGCCAAAGCAACAUGCAUAUGCAUGCAUGUACACCCCUGCAGCAAUGAUUGCUGAGAGCCAUCGUCUCUUGAAAUGAAGAGUUGGGAGGUGGAGAAGAAAACUGGAUUAUCAGAACAAUCUGCUAUCAGAACAGAGCUGCUUUGGGCUCUGUUCUGUUGCUAAUGGUUCUUCAUACCAUUAGGACCCCUAUAAUGACAUUAGCUUGGAAACUGAAUCUAGGCUCAAUUGUACACUUGCAAAUAGAAUCUCCUUUCGGAGGAAAGAAGGCAGGAAUUAAUUCAAGUGAUGACAUCUUGCAUUAAAAAUCGAGGAUUUCUUUUUAAAAAAAAGGAACUAUAGGAGGGAUGGUACCACUUUAUUCUCAGGUGGUGUGUAAAUGAUAUAAUGUUGUGCCUGGUGGGAAAUUUUCCUAUAAGAGAUUAUAACUGUGUUCUUGCUCAAAACGUGUUUUGCAGCAGUUUUUAGUGUAGUUUUGGAGACAACAGGGAGAUGAGUGGAUAGGUGUGUCAAAAGAGCAGGAAGAAUCUACAUGAACAAGUGCUCCAAUUUCUAAGGUGUGUGUGUGUGUGUGUGUGUGUGUGUGUGUGUGUGUGUGUGUUAGGAUAAAGCUGGUAUAAACGAAGAGCUAUCCAUAAGGAGUAUUUUGCACAGGAUGAUUCGUUUCUCAUUAAUUCUCUAUUAAUUCCUCAUCAUUGGUGAGGUUCUCUGUUUGGUUUUCAGCAGAGGCCUAGGCUCAUAGGUCCUGGCUCUUCUCAGCAGAAAUUGGAAACCCCUCCCUCCAUGUCUUUUCAACUUCUUCUGGCUAUUGCAAAGAAAAUCACCGUAAUUGUUAAUGGUCCUCUGCAUCAGGCAACCUUUCUACUGCAUGGUUGCUCUGUUGCAUACUCCAGCCUAUUUUGGGUCUUAGCUUACUUCUGACAAAACGAGUGACAUAAGGCAGUUUAUUCAUGUUUUCUGAUAAUAGUUCUGUGUGGGAGGGAGUGUGUUGUAAGUGAAGGGGAUUAUUCUCCUCCUCUUGCCAUGGGAAGAGACAGCCAGACAAGAUCCAGAGCGUGCUCCUUGUGCCAUCACCCGUGUGAGCGAGUGAGUGUGUGUUGGCAACCACAGGGGAGGAGGUGGAGGCAGCAGCUGGCCAGUUUUCAUCUCCCCCACAUGAACGUGAUAUCCAGUUGGCUGUGCAGAGGCAAUUUUUGUAGAGUAGCUUUCAUUCAGGUCAUUUCCUGUGCAGGCAGGGUCUAUGGCAUUGCAGCACAUUGCCCUGUAAAGUGCAAGCAACUUACUCAGAAUGAUGCUCAAGAAAUAACAUGUUCUCAGUAAACUGCUCCAAGAAGAUAGCAAGAGAAGGGCCAAAGAACAUGUUAAAUUAGCUACCUACCUGCAUCUUUAAGUCUAGAGGGCCAGGGAUGGCCCUCUUGGCCACCUCCUAUUAUUCCAGUUCACCUUUAGCCCCUUACACUUCCAGUUUGUGUGUGUGUCUCCUACACUUCCAUGGCAACCUUAUUCUUAUGCAAGUCAGCACCUAGUUAAGGACAAAGGCUAAUAUAACCCCUCCUCCCCAUGCUAGCAAUCUGGUUUUUAAGAAACUUAAAAGCACAGAUAUAUAUAUAUAGAGAGAGAGAGAGAGGGAGCGUGCUAUUGUAACAUGUAGUUUGGCCCUAAGAUCAUCUUGCCUCUGAAUAAUGUGACACGUCAAAAUGUGUUUGGCAAGCCAUAUUGUUCUAUAUUUUCUGUUUUGAGCACAUUGUUGUGUUGCUGCCUCCCCCUUUUUGUCUCAAUUUCCUUGUGGGGCUGCAGCCGCCUCCUUUUCUAUUCAGGAUGGAGUUAACACACUAAAAUUGAGCUUAUAUAGAAAACGUUGGUUUGUUUCCAGUAAUGCAGUCUUUCCCAUGCUAUCCCUCCUCUAAAGAUAAAAGAAUUCUAAUGAUUUUGGAACAAAAAGUCUGUCUUGGCAUUCUGUUCCUUUUAACAGACCUGACGUCAUUUGCACAAGGGGGGAGUUUACUUUGAACUGUGAGAAUGCAGUAUUGUGAACUAGGUAGUGUUGCAAACUAGGUCAUCUUGCUUGCUGGAUUAUUCCACGGUAUUUACAGUAGUGUUUAGAAGCAGGAAUUCAUUAUGCUACAUUCUGUACUAGCAGACAUUUCCUGCCUCCUGCCAGAAUCUCAAGCCUUUGGAGGCCUUAAGAAAAGGAUUUAGGAGAAUCUCUGUGUAAUAUUGUAUGGUUAUAAAUCCUAGUUCAGAAACAGAAAGGAUUGUGUUCUGCUAGCACACUCGAUUGUUUGUAGCAGCUCAGAAAAUAUAUAAUACAGGUGAACACUAUUUUAUUUGAUACCUUGGUGCGGGGGGGGGUAUGCUCACAAUGAAUUUUAAAAUUAAGUUUUAUUUGUGAGCUGCAUUUAAAAUAUUGAGCGGUAGGGUAUUUUAAGAAGUUAAAUGCAGCAACCUUUUGCCUAACUCACCUGGUUGCCAGACAGCAAGGAAUUCCCUGCAAGUAGGUGAGGUUGCUCCAUGCUACCUGCUGAAUGAGCAUUAAGCCUGAUUUGUUUGCGGAAGAAGAAGAAGAAGAAGAAGAAGAAGAAGAAGAAGAAGAAGAAGAAGAAGAAGAGUUUGGAUUUGAUAUCCCACCUUUCACUCCCCUUCAGGAGUCUCAAAGCGGCUAACAUUCUCCUUUCCCUUCCUCCCCCACAACAAACACUCUGUGAGGUGAGUGGGGCUGAGAGACUUCAAAGAAGUGUGACUGGCCCAAGGUCACCCAGCAGCUGCAUGUGGAGGAGCGGAGACGCGAACCCGGUUCCCCAGAUUAUGAGACUACCGCUCUUAACCACUACACCACACUGGCUAUGCGGGUAGCCAGUGUGAUGUAGUGGUUAAGUGAUAUGCGGAGAGAUUAGACAGGGCGUGCUAUUUAACGAGCAUUCAUUCUGAUCUGUUGGUGGGGAAGUUACACUACAGUUGCACCAAGCAAGUGUUGUCCCACAAUUCCUGGCGCAUUUCCCUAUCGCUUUCCUUUAUUGCAAGGGGUCUGCUGAGGAGGGGGCUUGCAGGAGGCUGGCAGAGGGGUAGGUCACCCUGUCUCUUCCUCUGCAUUUCCAUGCUGGUCCCAAUGCAGGGGACAAUGUAUUCCUUCUCUGCCACCCUGUUCAGUCUUUGUGCUGGCCAUGGUGGAAGGGAAGCCCCUUCCUCUGCAGCCUGCAUGGAAACACAGUGCCACCCCUCCAGCGCUAGCUCACUUGGCAGAAAGCAAUUCCCUGCCCCCCCUCCCUGAAAGGAAAUGCAGGAUACUAGGGUUCUAUCAGGCUAGUAACAAAAAAAUAAAAUAAGAGUGCACGGUAAUAAUAUUUGUGGGCUUGUUUGCAUGGUUAUGGUGCAGCCGUCCUGGAGCUGUCACUUAAAAAUAAAAACAGAACAGCAAUACAUAAAAGCAAAGUAAGCUGUGCAUAGGAAACUAGGUUGUCCUGAGAAGGCUAGAGUACAACUGCUCACGCUUUCUGCAUGCAUGUAGUUAGGCGAGCAUCAACCACAGGAAAGCUUUACCUGUGAUUUUUUUUUAAAUGCCUUAUUCUUUGCCACAUUUCUUUCCACCCCAUGGUGACCAACAGUGAUAUGUAUGACAACACUGUGGUGCUGGUUUUUAAUUCACGUUCCACCAAACCAGGGCAGCUCCACUAGUAGGUGAAAAUAAUCAUCGCUAGGUAUGAUGUCUGAAAGCUUCCUUGGCUGAUUUAUCUGGUUUCAGGAACUAAGUCAUCAGCUGGUGGAUACCACUUUUUCCAAGGGUUGCUUUACUCAGAGGCAUUAUUUGGACCUACCCCUUUAAAUCUUACUGUUUCAAUCUGCAGCUAAAUUUUAUUACUUCUGAUGAUCAACAUUUUAUUUACAUAAGCUACCUUAACCUUACACUCAUUAGCAUGUUAUAUAAGAGCAUUUUAAAGGUCUACUGCAAUAUACUGUGUCUCUUUUGUAAAUAGAAGUGAUGUUCUAAGUUCUUGUGCUUAUUUACUUGUUUAGUUCCUCCAUAUGUCGGUUCUUUAAAAUUUCUGCUGCUGUGCUCUUAAUCUUUCCUGGUGUGUUGCACUCUUUCAAACUGUGCACAGGGAUGGUACAUAGUAGUGACAUAACAGUUUUGCUUAAGGUUAUAGUGCAUAAUGAUCUGCCUUGUGAUGCCUGCCUUUUAAAAGAUGCACCUUUUGUACAAUUUAGAAUUGCUUUCUUAUGUCACAGAAAAACUUAGUGGAGAUUUCUAUAAAACAUAACAAAGCAUAUUUAAAAAGAACCCUUUUUUAUUUUCAUCCUUUUCAAAAUUCUGUUUACCAACAUUUCCAUAAUAACAGUUUUGCCUUUCUUUAGAGUUGGAAACAAGAAGGUUGAAGAAGCCAAAUACAGAUAUAGUUUUGGUGUUUGUCCUCAUAACUGGAGUUAUUGUUUGUGUUGGCGUGGUAUUUGCAAUAAUCUUCAUCAUCCUUAAUUGGUAGGUAAACAGUGUUAAACUGAAACAGACUUUGCAGUUGGGUAACAAUGAACUGUCACAUUAUGGCUGCAACAAGCACCAUACCUUUUAAAGCAAAUUACAUCACCCAAAGAAUCCUGGGAGAUGUAGUUUGUUAAGGGAUGCUGGGAAUUGUAGUUCUGUGCAGGGCAAACCACUGUUCCCAGGAUUCUUUGGGGGGAAGGUCAUGUGCUUUCUGUUUAUAGCAUUUAUGUUGCAGAAGCCAAGUACAGUACUGGUCAGGAGAUUGUAUAUGAUGAUGUAAGAACUCCAGAAGUUAUAUGCAGUACAGUACAAAUAUUUUGUGGAAAAGGAGGGUACUAGGGCAGACAUACACUCUGGCAAUGAGGCGUGAAAGCAGGCUUUCUAACUGUGCCAACUACAAGCAUCUCCAUACUUUAGGUGGGAAGACAAGAACAAUCUACACAUAGUUGCUUGUUGCGAAAUGACAUUCGUAGAAAGAGCUGCCCCACUCAAGAAUCUGUCUCCCAGAGCAAUUGUUUGAUGUAACUUCGUUUAUAAGGCUGGCCAGGGGCUUCUAGAUGCAGUUAAAGGUAAAGGUAAAGGGACCCCUGACCAUUAGGUCCAGUCGUGACCAACUCUGGGGUUGUGGUGCUCAUCUCGCUUUAUUGGCCAACAGCUUCCAGGUCAUGUGGUCAGCAUGACUAAGCCGCUUCUGGUGAACCAGAGCAGCACAUAGAAACGCCUUUUACCUUCCCGCUGCAGCGGUACCUAUUUAUCUACUUGCACUUUGACGUGCUUUCGAACUGCUAGGUUGGCAAGAGCAGGGACCAAACAACGGGAGCUCACCCCAUCACGGGGAUUCGAACCGCCGACCUACCGAUCAGCAAGUCUUAGGCUCUGUGGGUUAACCCACAGUGCCAACCACGUCCCUUCUAGAUGCAGUUAUGAAUCUGGUUUAGCUGGUAACAAACAGUAAAGAAUAGGUGAACCUGCAAAACUAGCAAAGGCAUUACAAACAAAACAAAACCCUGAGGAGACCUUUAAAGGGGAAGAGGAACUGUUCCAGAUACAGGAAGCAUCAUGGCAGAUUGCAAGCAGAAAAAUGGAAGAAAUGAAUAAAGGAAGCUGCUGGUGGGGAAAUUGGCUCAUGAGGCAUGGAAAGGGUGAGAAGUAGAAUAGGAGGAAACGAGAGAAGAGAGCAUUAGAAGUGGAGAGGUCAAGAAUUUAAAUGCCAGUACUGUAUCUAGAGUGACAUUCGAAGAAUGGUUGAAAAGCAUUGCUUUCAUUUUAAUGUGAUAAGGUUUGUGCUAUAGUAUGCUGUCUGUUUGGCUGAAGACAGAAAAUAGUUUUUUUAGAGAGAUAAAGGGGAAGGAUGAUGCUGUGCAUGGCUCAGUCUUAGGUGGACCAAUUGUCCGAUCCAGGGCUUGUCCCCACUUCUUCUUGUCCUACUGCUUGCAACCCCUGCUCAUCAAAAACCACUAUUUAGUGCUCAGUCAGAGGAAACAGCUAUUUAGGUUUUCUCCAGAUUGAUGUUUGCUCUGAUUUAGCACUAAAAAGUGGGGUUUUCCUGGGAAAGGAGCAGGGCGAGGGGGAAACCACUGAGACCCACGCAUGGGACAAGUGUGGAUGAGCCCUCGGUGUCAGGUAGCCUCAUCUGUUCCAUUGCCCAUAGUGGAUACACUCCUCUGGUGAACAAGGUUUAGAGGUAGAACCGUUUUCUGACCAGAAGUCCAGAACAGGGCAGAAGAAAAGCUUGUGUACACCUUUGGAAGUGAUGCAACCCUUAACCAUAGCUGUCAACUUUUCCCUUUUCUUGCGAGGAAUCCUAUUUGGAAUAAGGGAAUUUCCCUUAAAAAAAAGGGAAACGUUGACAGCUAUGCCCUUAACCUUUAUUCAAGACUUUUUAAAAAGUAUUUUCUGUCUCUAGCCUGCUUUUUCAAAAUGACACAAAGACAGGUGGCGUUUGUCUUAUGAUCUGGUUGUGGCUUAUCUUGUAGGGCUGCUGUCAAAAUGUUCUGGCAAACAAAAGUUUGGCGAAGCAGAGAGGAGCCAAGCUCAAGUUCAUUGAGGACGUCAUCAGGGCAGUUCACCGCAGUAGACCAGAUGUCGCAACUAGACAACAAUGCAGGAGAACCGGUUUCUACUUACCAGGAGUGGACUGGACCAACAAGAGUCAGCGAAGGAGGAGGGGGAGGGGGAGGAGGAGAAGGAGGAGAUGCAGACAAGGGGAAUUACUAGAAAAGAGAGAUUAUUUUAUAAAAGGGAGAGAUUAAAGUAUGCUCGAUAUAUUAAGAGUACCAGGUCUGAGAAGUGCUUUUUGCCGCUCUGAUUAAGCUUGGUUGUGAACAUUGAGACAGUAGUGGAAACAGCAUCAACCAGACUUAAGGACUGAUUUCUGCUGUCAAGAUUAGUCUGGUUCAUCAGGAGCCUCUGCCUUUCUGUGCUGUUGAAAAGCCAAAGUGAGAUGUUUUCGCAUACCCAAACUCGCACAAUAAAAUACAUUGGCACUCCAGU